GUUUCAGAAAAAAAGUAAAAGAAACUCUUCUAAUAGAGGUUGCUAUGCUAAUGAACUAAUGCACCGCACAGGGAGCAAGCCUUUUAGGCAAAUCAUUUGGGAUGAUUUGGGUGCACGUGAGGGAAAUGAUCCUAAUUUACUUGAUGUCUUCUACACCACUCGCAAGAAAGGUGAUAAGCUUCCGAAUGCGGAGACAACACAAAAACAUGAAGAAAUUCGUGAGACAAUGGAAAAUGAUCCUUCACUUUCUAAUGUAGAGGUAGCACAAAAGGUUUUCAAGUCCAAGUCUAAAGAUCGGGUUGUUGGUUAUGGAGGAGGAAUAAAGCGUAGGGAUA